CCGAGCCCAUGGGGGGGAGCGACGUGGACAGCGAGGGCCCCGCACGGAGGGGCGGCGCGGCGCGGCGUCCGGGGGCCCCGGGCGGGCCAGGAAGCGAGGCGGCAGCCGGCUGCCCGGAGCCGCUGUCCGCUGCUGAAGCGCCGGCUGAGAGCGCCACGCUGCCCGCCUGGAUGCGCCUCUACUUCUACGGGAUGCACGGGAUCACCCUGGACGUGCUGGUGUCCUCGGCCCGGCGCUUCGCCCGCAGCCCGGACCUGCGGAUGCUAGGCUUCUCCUCGCCCUACCGCUGCCUGCUGCACUCGCUCACCCAUUUCGCCCUGGAGAAGGUGUACCUGCAGCAGCGGCGCUGUCCCAACGCCUUCGUCUUCAAUUUCCUCCUCUACCCCUCGGCCCACGUGGGGCUGCAGACCCUAGCGGGCCAGGCGCUACUACUCAGCCUGGGCGGCGGGGCGGGGGUCGCGGUGGCGCCAGGGGCGCUGGACCUGGCGCUGCAGUACGUGCUGGCGCUCUACCACUGCCAAGUGUUCCUGAAGCGCUUCCUGCGCUUGCGGUACGGGCGACAGAGGCGGCGGCAGCAGCAGCAGCAGCAGCAGCAGCGGAGGGGCGCGCUCCCCGUCCCUCCCGGCGCCCGGGUCCCUGCUGCGGCCGGAGCCCGGCGGCGACGACCCCGUGGCCCCAGGGGCGCCGGGGGAGCCCCCAGCCAGGGGCUGCCCGACCUACCCCGCUUUCUUUUCUUCGGAAUGCACGGCUUUCUGGAUGAGAUCUUCUUCACCUUCUUCUUCAACGUACUGGGGCAGGGGGACGGGACAACCAGCGGCCACACGUCGCUCUGGUCCUUCUUUAUGUACGGCAGCUGCAGUUUCGUGGUGGAAAAGCUCUACUUCCACCUCCACUACAGCCGCGGUUGGGGCACUUGGAAGCGGGUGCCCAUCUACGUGAUCUUCAUCUACGUGUGGGAGCUGUCCUGGGGUCUGGGACUCCGCACGUGCGGGGCUUGUUCCUGGGACUAUUCUCACUACCCGCUCAAUUUUAUGGGCCUCAUCACCCUCAUGUAUUUACCUGGCUGGAUAUUCCUUAGUGUGUACCAGGACCUAAUUUCCAACGUGUUGUGGAGGGUGCAGUACGUACCAGCUAACUAAAACCAAAAAAGAAAGAAAGAAAAGGAAAAAGUCACUGGAUUCCCACGAAUGGAUGCGAUUUAUUUUUACACAUUUAAAAUGAAGUGGGUUUUUUAGUCCUUUAAUUUUUAUACGCUUUACUAAACUCUUCCAAAUUGUUUUAUUCCACCUUUUAGUUUUUCUAUUUGAAACCCGUGUAUAAUAUACUUUGAAACACUACUCGAAACAUAAUUCAAAGUACUUUAUUCGCCAAUGUUUUAAAACGUUUACAAGCCCAAACGUUUACAAGCCCAAACAGCAAAACCGUUAUACCUUAACAUGAGAAUGAUGUAGUAGUGUUUACCCAUCUGGCAAUAGAUGAGUGACAGCUACUAAUUUUUUUUGUUUGUUUGUUUGUUUUUUGGCGGGGGGGAUCUUUAAAUCAGAGACCAGUGAUUUUUACAAGAUUUGGCUAAAUUUUCUGAUUCAGUGAUUUGUUUACUUUCUUUUUAAUCUAAUUUCAUUUUAAUUCCUUGCCAUAUUUACCAAUGACUGAAGAAACUCAAUGUCUUGUACUCUUGAGACUACAGUUAAUAGCUCUUAAAGUGCCUCCGUCUAGCACACAAGUGAAAAGAGGCUGAAAAAUGUGAAAGCACGUUCUAUGAACAGAUUUUUAAAUGAGAGGUCUUUUCUAGCAACUCACACAGGUGACACUGUGUUAAGAUAUUUGAUCUCCAUCCUGGAAAUGAUUGCUUUCCAAUGUGGGUAAGCCUUAAACAGCAGGUGUGUUAACGUUGAUCAGAUCCUGUGUUAUCUAUGGCUGUAAAUUUUUGUUACUGUGCAAUAAUGUAAAAUGUUUACCUUACAUAGCCGAGGGCCAAGUGAAAUUAUAUCACCUUCCACAGUGUUCUAACUCCAAGGACCCUUUUCUACAUGGAACUUCAAGGGCAGAAACAUUACCUUUGAAUAAAAUGAACCUGAAUGUUCACUCUAAUUACAUUAAGCCUAAUUGUUUUCUGUGAAUACAGAUAUGUUUUCAGCAUAUUUCUGCCAUGGCUGUUUUUCCUUCUGGGCCCAGAGUCCUUGGGCCAGGCUUGAUGUGGUAAUGUGCAUUAUAAAUCAAUGGUAGCUUUGUGGUGACUUACUAUUAAUGUCUGCAAGCUCUGAAGUUAAAUGAAAUGAUGUAAACCAUUUUAAGAAAUUCAUGCCUAAUUAAUAAUGUAUUUUGAUGUUGUUUGCUGUUUUAUUACAUGUAUAAAAGAGUAGAAUUCAGUGCAGCUCAGCCAGGGAUGACGAAUAUCCUCUCAGUUUUUAUUACAAAGGCAAUCAGGAAAAUUUCAUGUAUAGAAAUGAGUGGUUUUCUAUUCAAAUUAUCAGCGAGCCUAUGCUGUAAAAAGGGACUUUUUUCUGUUUUCAAAAAAUGUUUGCUACAGGAGUAGAAAAUAAUUUAAAUUUGAUUAAGUUAGACAUAGUUAUGAGUGUUAUAUAUUUUAAACCACUAUCUGAGGUUGUAAGCUAAAUUAAAAGUAAUGAAUGCUAUAUAAUCAACCUCAUCUGUGAAAUGGACCAUGCAAAACAUUAUUUUAGCCAAAAUACUAUACUCAAAGCUGAAUAGAAACUUAAAUAUAAGCUAACUGUUUGCAGAGAGUUUCACUUAAGAAAAGUUCUCUAUGACACUUGGUCAAGGAUCAAAGGUUUAUGAAAACCCUGUGUAGAAAAAAGUAUAAGCAUAGUCACUCAAGUUAGGGAGAUGCUGGACAGAAUAUUUGUAAUUCAAAUGUGACACAUGUAUCUGAGUUAAGUGUGACAUCACACCACACACUCCAGCAAAUACUUCACCAAAUCCGAGAUUUCUGAAAUACUUGCUAAAUGUACACAUUUGCACUGUGCCCUUCACAUGCUGCUCUCCAGCCCUUCUUACUUGCCUAACAGCAUUCUUAGGGUCAGAAAUCCAUCAAGGAAGUAGGAAAGCAUGCUGUUUUGUUUUGCUUUUAAUGUUAAUCCUAUUUAAAGGAAAAGUCAAGGUUUUCAUUCAUUCAGUUCACUCAAGAGAUAGUUACUGAGCCUCCACUAUUUGCCAGGCACUUGCCUGAACUCUGUGGAUAUAGCUGUGAACCAACACAGACAAAAUCUCUGUCCUUGGGAUACUUACGUACUAGUGCUUUGAUUUAUGUAAGAUUAUACUUAUUUGCAAUAGGCUGUGAGAGGCAAUUUUUACGAGGGCUCUCCUCAGGCCUGUUCCUGGAAAAUCAAUCCAUCAAUCUAAAACAAAAACCUGUUAGCAGUCUCUCUGCUAGUUCUACAAAGAGCUAGUUCUUAUGUAUUCAGGAAGUGAUUAGCCUGUCUAUUAACACAGCACCUCGCUUUAGGGCUUCUCAUUCUGUGUUUACUCAGCUUCUUAAAUGUGACAUUUUGCUGCAACCGUUGAUCCUUUAAGGAAAAACCAGGGAAAAGAAGGAACCAUCAGAUCAUUCAAUUGUGUUACUAAUUAGUAAUUCAAAUACAGAAAUGAGACGGCAAUGUGAUGAUAGUUAAUAUCUAAUUAGCACUUACCACCUACAAGGAACUCUUCUAAGGGGUGUGUGUCUGUGUGUGUGUGUGUAAAGAAAUAUGUGAAAAUAUAUAUAUGUAUAUAUCUUAGGGGAAUAUAUAUAUAUUCAUAUAUA